AUGUAUACAAGGUGCGGAACCAUAUCAUCAGCAAGAGAACUCUUCGACAGAAUGCCAACCAAAGACAUUGUGGCCUGGAAAUCAAUGAUCGAUGGCUAUGGAAUCCAUGGGCUAGGCCUCGAAGCUCUAAACCUCUUCCACACGAUGCUGGAGGAACGAUCAGUCGCCCCGAAUUCCUUAACAUUCCGCAGCUUGCUAUCCAGUUACACUGUUACAGCCACUCUGGCUUAG